AUGGCUGAAGACGUCAAGCUCCUCCCCACCGUGGCCACCGUCUUGGACAAGAUGGAUGAGGUCCACCAACCGAUGCCCAUGAAGGAAGACCUUACUCACAACCUCUCUGUUGUUAAAGUUGAGGUCUUUGAAGUAAAUAAAUUGUUGAAGAUGGUGCAAAAUGAAGUGUGCACCAGCACUGAGGCCAUAAAUGCUCUCAAUAGCAAGGCCAAUGAAGUGCAAGCUCAGCUCACUAAGCAUGUUGAGGCUCUCUCCAACCUCGAGCAAAGCACUGAAGAAAUCUCCUUGCGUCUUAAUGAUAUCACAUCUAGUCUUGCUGAUGACAAAGAGGGGGAGAAAGACCAGCGUAAGAAAAUUGUUGUGGAGAUCGUGGAUGAAGCUGUUGUUGCCGCUGAAGUUGAACAGCUAGCGCUAAUCGCUAAAUCUGAUGAUGCCAUCACUUCCAACGAAGCUGAAGCUGUUGUUGACAUUGAGGAUGAUGAUGUCAUGAUCCUCUCCUUCCUGACGCUGGACAGUCUUAGAGAUGACGAUGAUGAUGAUGAUGAUGAUGAUGAAUACGACAAUAAUGAAAACGAUGAUAAUGAUGAAUUCACUAUCCAAUAUCAUCCAAGACCGGCUUCGGCUCAAAAGGGUGUCUCCCUGAGGGAAUCAGCUUCCCAAGGGGAAAAACCACAAGGAACCAGCCCUCCUCUGGUAAAAAUAAAGAAGUGGCUGAAGAAGGAAAUUUAG